AUGGCUCGAUUUCCCGCCCAUCAAAGCCGGCCGGUCCAUGCGACCCCAACACCCUAUGUAAACCAUGCGGCUCCCAUUGAAGCCAACUACGAUACUGCCAACCCUUCAUACAUUCGCAAAUAUCUCCGCACGUACGGCCUGACUCCCCCGCGCGCGGAGACAUACGAAGUUCAGAAGACACGCUGUCUGGCUCAAUUGGCUCUCAAGCAGACCGCCAUCGAUAAAUUCCUCUACCUCAGCACUUUGCGCAAGAACAAUGUCCACCUGUUUUACCGCCUGAUUACAGAUCAUCUCAAGGAAUUGACUCCUUUGAUUUACACCCCCGUCGUUGGAGAAGCGUGCCAAAGAUGGUCGGAAAUUUACCAGCAGCCGGAAGGCAUGUACCUGAGCUGGGAGGACCGCGGUAAUCUGGCUGCUGUCAUCGCGAACUGGCCCCAGCCCAACGUGGAGAUCACGUGCAUCACCGAUGGGUCCCGAAUUCUGGGUCUAGGGGAUCUUGGCAUCAACGGCAUGGGUAUUCCCAUUGGUAAGCUGGCGCUGUAUACUGCAUGUGCGGGAAUCCGUCCCGAGGUCACCCUGCCCUUGACGCUCGAUCUGGGGACAAGCAACAAGACGCUCCGGGAAGAUCCGCUGUACAUGGGCACUCGCCGUGACAAGAUCAGCCCUGAGGAGGACCGGGAAUUCAUGGAUGAGUUGAUGGCCGCUUUGACCGAGCGCUGGCCUGGUAUUGUCAUUCAGUUUGAAGACUUCAAGAAUCCUUUCCCCGCUCUGGAGCGAUAUCGGGACACCUACACCUGCUUCAAUGAUGACAUCCAGGGUACUGGCGCUGUCAUCCUCGGCGGUGUCAUCAAUGCUGUGAGGCGCUCGGGACUCCCCUGCAAGGAGCACCGCGCCGUGUUCUUCGGAGCCGGCAGUGCCGGUGUGGGUGUGGCCAAGCAGAUUGUGGCCUUCUUCAUGCGGGAGGGCAUGACGGAGGAUGAGGCCCGCGCCUGCUUCUACCUGGUCGAUACCAAGGGUCUUGUCACUGCCGAUCGUGGCGACAGGCUGGCGGAUCACAAGGUCUACUUCGCUCGGACGGACAAUGACGGCCAGCAGCUCAAGACCUUGGAUGAGGUUGUCGACCAUGUGAAGCCCACCAUCCUCAUGGGCCUGUCGACCCUGGGCGGCGUCUUCACCCCACAGAUCCUGUCCAAGAUGGCUGACUGGAACACCCACCCCAUUAUCUUCCCUCUGUCCAACCCUUCAUCCAAGUCUGAGUGUGACUUUGAAAGUGCCAUCACCCACACCGAUGGCCGCGCCCUCUUCGCCUCCGGUUCUCCCUUCCAGCCUUUCUCCUUCAAGAACUCCGCCGGCGAGACCCAGACCUACUACCCCGGCCAAGGCAACAACAUGUAUGUCUUCCCCGGCAUCGGUCUGGGUACCAUCCUGUCCAAGGCGGUCAAGGUCACCGAUGAGAUGAUCUACGCCUCCGGUGCCGCUAUCUCACAAGCUCUGACUGCGGAGGAGAUUGACCGAGGCCUCCUGUAUCCCGACUUGACCCGCAUCCGCCAGGUCAGCAUUGUCGUGGCUCGUCGGGUCAUUCGGGCCGCUCAGGAAGCGGGUGUUGAUCGUGAGACUCCCCUGCGCACCAUGAAUGAUGACAACCUGGACGCCUGGAUCAAGGCUCGCAUGUACGACGCUCACAGCGAGGUCAUGGCCCUGGAGAGAGAAGUCGGUGCUCUUCUGUCAAACCUGGGUCCUGCCUCCCCAUCCAUCAACGGCUACAUUGAGGAUGAGACGAAUGCUAAGCUGUAA